ACUGAUAUUCUCAGCGCUUAUAAACCGUUGCUAAAGUAGGUUUUAAUUAUACAUUCGAUGAGUGCGACAGUAAAACGACCCGACAUAACUUUUAGUUUACUCAGAGCCAGACCAAGCAGUUAUAAAAUCCUUAGGAUUGUGUGAGGAGAACUCAGAGAGCAUUACCGAUCCAUCAAUCGACUCCACAGGAAAUCCGAAGUUUAAACUCGUGUAAAGUCUCGAGAUUCCCAACUCCUUGUUCCAAAACGUUUGAGGUAACGCUUGUACUCGGUCUUUUGACCGGUGACUCUUAGGGUUCAUUCAAUACUAUACAAAGUCAAUACAUAAUCUUCCAAGCCCAGUAUCAUUUUAUAGACGAAGACGCCAAGGCCUAGCUUGAACAGUCAGGUUGGACGUUAUAGACUGUCGUGCGUUCGUCUAACGUUACCUACUCCGUGUUGAGUGACAUCACGCUUAUUGGAAUAAGAUUUCAAAGACGAGGACCACUUAUAGACACACUGUCAUAGUAGCGUGUGUAAAUCUGAUGGUCACACACUGAACCAAGUCGAGCGACGACAAAUUYUAUUUUGUUCAAGCAUUUCUCAACUAUUCAACAGCGAUGAAAGACCUCGAAAAGUCGGAUUACUCAGGCGAGGAUAAUGAAACUGAAAGUACCGUUACAUCCUCCUCGUCAGAUCAAACCAGCGAACUAUCACCCCCUUCGCAUUUUACGGAGCCAGAAGAAGAGGCUGAGGAGAGCAAUACUCGCCCAACUCAAAAGAAACGAAAGAGACGAAGGAAAAGGAUGUUGACAGGAGUGAGUAGACAGCGCCGCGCUGCAAACGAACGAGAGCGCAAAAGAAUACAGGGUGUCAACAGAGCGUUUGUGGAUCUUAAAAACACCCUGCCAGUAUCCCACAUGGAUAUAUCCAAGAUUGACAUCCUACGCGUAGCGGCGCAGUGGAUCGAUCACCUCACUGAGAUCUUGCACCAGGAUGAUUUGGCGAGAACUGAAGGCACCGAUUUGAUCCAAGACGCGACCAAACUGUACGAUGAACACGAGCUGUACAAGCUGCUUGACAACAGUCAGUUUCCAUGCGAAGACGAUGAUUUGCUUGAAGAUUUUCUGCACAUGGACGUGAGACCUGUAUUCAUACCGAAGAACCAUACUUAAAAAACCUCUUGUAUGAUAACACAGCAAUGAACACCGAUUACCUAAGCUCACCUCUUGUAGACCUGGCAAACCAYCUUUGAAUAAAGACCCCAAGAUUUAUCAUUUAUAUGGACAUAGUUGGUGAAUGAAAGUAGGAUAUAAGCUGCAAGACCGUGUUGUAUGUGACGUGGAAUGCUAUGGUAGACAUAAUGUCACRUAAGUCUCUUUGGGUAGAAGAUACAAGUGUCACGCGAGACCACUGGAGGGAAGUAGAGACAACARWGUCACGGGAGAAYWCUAAGAAAGGAGAGACAAAGCAUCACGCAAGAAUGCUUGGRAUGGAKAAACAGCAGUGUCACGCGGGAMUGAUCUGGAAGCGUCACGCGACGCUUGCUUUACCAUUCAAGGUAGAAAGGCUUUGGACAAUCACGUGCUUACAGCUAUGUUGGAAGACAAAAAAAYCUGUCAUUCCUUCAUCCAGCAUGGCUGCGCUCGCGUCUUUUUGCAAAGCUGUCAAAAUAGAAAAGACAGGUGACCUUAGACUUUGAAAGAGCAYAUAAUAUAUAGGAGUAAGAAACAAGUUUAGUGUAGUUAGUCUUAUGCAAGGAAUAAUCAAAAACAUACARCACUUAGGUCAUUAGACUAAAUAGGUAAUUAAAUUCAAUCGAUGCAAACUCGUAUAUUCAUUCCAAAARAAGGAUCCAUAUCUUGGAAGUUUAUACUCUCUAGUUAUAUAUAAGAUAAAUCAAGGUUUAUACAUCUAUAGACCUUAUCCAUUGGACAAAAUGUCGUCCCAUUUUAGAUCAUGCAUCAUUCCUUUCAAAUUAUAAUUUUAAUUGCCCUAUUUCAUAAUCAUUGUGAUUUAAGAUGUGUUGUUUUUAUUCCAUCCCUUUCCAGCGACCAUGAUCCCUAGCGUUAAAACAAUAGUUUGUUUUAAUGUGACGUCAUUAUGAAAUAGGGCAAUUUGUUCGGAUUAUCGAUCAAUCCAGCUACUCGUGUCUGAAAAAAGAAUGAAUGCUUGGAUUUGCGAUCUGAGAUGGGAAAACAUUAGRUUAGGUCCGUGCAAUUAUUUUGAACAAGUGAUUUUAAAAAGCGGCAAACUCAAAAAAAGUUGGUUGUUUUAAAAAUAGGGAUUCACGUCAUAUAAAACGUCAUCUUGUUUUGCAAUGCAUUAUAGAAUUUUGACAAAACUACAGAAGCUAUCCCUGAUGCAUUGCAUACAUAAAAUGGUUGUGACUGAAAUGCUAUCGACAAAAGCAGUAUCUUAACAGUAUUAAGAGUAUUUUCGCAGAUCGUAGAGUGCGUAUUUUGUGCGCAUAUUUUARGUUGGUUAAACUGAGCAUGCGCAGCGGUUGCAAUCAACUUUAGGGGUCACGUGAACCCGCUGGUCGGAAUCACGACUUAAACAAAGCAAAAUAAACAGCCAAAACAGGAAAAAAUAUAUAWAAAUAUACUGACAGCCUUAUCGUCAAGUAAAGUGUAAGUUGUGAAGCUCAGAAUUUCCCUGCGAAGCGCGUUGAGUUUUGAUGGUUUAAUUUUCAUAAAGAAUCUCAAAUUUUUCUUAUCCACUUGUGAAGUCAAACUCAAGAUUGAGCAGCGUUCACAAAUGGAAAUACAUGCGCAAACUAUACAACACGCAUGCGUACUUUAAAUAGUUUAAACAGCAAUCAAUACGCAUGCGUAUCUUACAAGAACGCUGGCUUGUUUGUAUUUGUGUCGCGUUUGUCAUAGUUAGUCUUGAUUUACAAUUUACUAGCUUAAAGCAGGUGAACCAUAAAUAAAUUUGCGUUUUUCCUAAACGGUAUUUUGCUGUUCUGUUUUAAURUAGUUUAAAACCAAGGCCGGCUUAUUGUUAUUCCUUUUGGGCCAGUAAGAAAUUCUGUUGUAUACAGGGUAUUAGUUCAUAUACCAAAUCUUAGUGCCUUUGCAAAUAGCCUAUUCUUAAAAAUAUUAUAUUUUAUCAAAUUAGAGUACAUAGGUUUAGCUAAUAACUUGGUUAUUCCAUAAAAAUGGUAAGCUCUCGCGGGUGAGGAGCUCAUUGCAGGUCAAAAAAAUAAAGACUCCCAUUGGUCAAUCUGACAUAGAACAAUGGAUAAGAAUUUGAUAUUUUUAAUCAUUAGAAUUCAUUUGAUUCGCGGUUGUCAUAUCAACCAAGCUUAAUCAAUGAUAUUUAUAGAUCAGUCAAAUUAGGUUAAAAAAAUAGUCAAGUUAAAUUAGGUUAAAAAAUAGUCAAGUUUACAACAGUAGAAUAUAUAUACACUAUGGUAAAUCAUAAUAUACAUGAUUGUCUUAAUUCAGUUUAUAUGUUGUAAAACCUCGCUUUUAGCGGUUUAAAAUAUCCAUCUUACUCGCCGAAAUGCCUGUAAUUUUUUUUAUUUCGAUAUAUUUUUAUCUCUAGUUGAAAUAUGGAAUAUUUUUG